CGCUCCAUUAGUGUGACGUCAUGUAGCCGAAGGUCAAGUCAAGUCAAGUCAAAAUCCAAACAAAGCAAGAAUAUAAUGGGAUAAUCUAAUUUUUCUUAAUUUUUUAUUAUAUUACUCUGUUCAAAGGAUAUUUGUGUCUUUCUGAGUGAGUAUAUAAGCGUUUACCAUAGGUAUAAUUACAUAAAAGGAUGCAUAUAGGGAUAAGUAAUAUGAGGUUAUGUUAAAACAAUAAAGAACACAAAUUUCCAUAGUAUUAUAGAAUUUAUUAACUGUAGAGUGCACUGGUACGGUUCAAAAUUAAAUGUACUUACUUGGAAAAAUACAAUUAUUAUCCUUAAGGAAACAGUAAUAACGAGAAAAAAACGGAUUACUAGUGGGUUAAUUCACGCUUUGUUUAGAUUUUGCGACACUGACCUUCCGCAACACGACGUCACCACUAAUAGAGCGAGGGAUGAUACAUGGAUGAUGAGAAUUGUCUAAAGCAAAAAUGUAUUUUAGUUCGAAAUGCAGUGUUUUUCUUAUGGGUUUUUCUUUUUAGGGAAUUAUGAAUUAUGAAUUGACCGAGGAAGUUGUUUGUAAACAAAAGUCGGAGAUUAUGGAUACAGAAAGAUAUCAGGUUCAUUUAGAUGAUGAACAGUGUGAUAUAUGGGAUAAUGAUUGUACAAUUCUUACAGGUUUUAAACUUCCAAAAAUGCUUAUUGGAUGUCACUUAAUGCCAACUUGCUCAAACAUUAGUCUCUGCAUUAGUGAAGAUAUUCCAGAAAAAAGAAAAAAGGUUUCAAUAUCACUAAGAUCAAAUUUGUCUCUUUCCAGUUUUGUUCAAAGCAUACAAAAAUUUUGGAAUAAAAAUAGUAACUUUAGUGAUAAUGGUUUUGAAAUAAUUUGCUAUCCAUUCAAAGUAUGUGUAGUUAAGAAUUUUAUAGAGAAUGGAAAAUUUUUGGAUAAGUUGAGACAAGACAUUUAUGACUUAAAAUUUCACUUGAGGACCAUGGAUUUAUAUGAAUUUUUUCAAAGUAGAGACCUUCAAUACCUUUCUGGUGACAGAAUUACAGCCAUUUAUGACUUAUUAAGAAAGGACGUUUUAAAUUGGGUUAGUUCUAUAACUGGUUACAACUUAUCACAUAUUUCAGCAACAAUCAGUCUAUACACGAAUACUGAUUAUCUUUUAGUACACGAUGACCAAAGGGAAGAUAGAAUGGUGGCUUUUAUUUUAUAUUUAAUGGAUGAAACUGGAUGGCAAAAAAACAAUGGUGGUUGUUUGCAACUACUCAAUAAAGAUUCGGAUGGUCAACCAUCAGAUAUAGUUUAUGAUAUUGCUCCAUCCAAUAAUCAGUUUAUAUUUUUUCCCGUCACUAAUGAAUCAUAUCACCAGGUAGGAGAAAUAGUAGGAAUGGACAAAUAUAGACUGUCAAUUAAUGGUUGGUUUCAUAUAAAAAAACCUCCAAUAUUCUCUGCACCAUCUUACAAACCAUCUAAUAAGAGUUUAUAUAGUGAUAAUUAUUUCAAUGCAAAAACAGUAGAUAUAGAAUUAGAGUCUUGGAUUAAUGAUGAAUAUUUAGAGUACAAAGUGAUUAGAUCUGUUCAAAGUUAUAUUGAAGAAACAUCGCAGGUGUCUUUGAAACAGUUUUUAAAAGACGAAUCAUUUACAGAAAUUCUUACUACUUUGGAAAGUAUAGUAUGGGAAAAAAUGGGGCCACCUAAUAGAUUGCUGUAUGAAACUGCUCAACUGGAAAAUGUUCCAUACGUACUGGAGCAAUUUUUCAAUUUGUUUCAAUCAACUGCAAUGUUUCAAUUGUUGCACGACUACACUGAUUUGGAUUUGGACAAAGCCGGUGCUUCAAUGAAGUAUGAAUUGCAAAAGUGGACACCCGGUAGCUAUGCGUUGCUCACUGAUUAUGACUGGAAAAAAAGAAACGAACUCGACCUAAUUAUGUACUUUGGCUGCGGUAAACGAGGCGACAUCGUGGGAGCAUCGACGCAGUACGUGGCCACUGAGGACGAGGUGCAACAGGCUCUCGUCACCAUCGAGCCAGAAGACAACAGCUUAAACAUUGUCUAUAGAGACUCGGCCAGGUUUACCAAGUACUUUAGCUUACAAAGCCGAUGUCGUUACUUUUAUCUCUUUAUUUGUUCAUACGUUGAAUAAACUUGGCUUAAGACAA